CACGAGUUAAGGUAAUCAGAGCAACAACAAACUACUGCAGCGGCUUACAUUUGUUUUGAGCAAAUGUUGUGCACUAUGAAAUGUAGCUAAAGGUUAGGAGAGUUAUGCUAUUGAAAUGGCUAUUAUUGUGUAGAAACAUGCGCUCAAACUGCCUGCUUCCAAAAUGAAGACGUGGCUCUAGAAAAGCUACAAAUAUACUGUGUAUUUCUUGCAGCUAGCUAUGACUUAUUUCAUGACCUCCCCACUGGUCCACAAGUGCAGGUUGUGUCUGUAUCACACUAUUACAUCGAGGACAGCUGGAUUCGUCACACUGAAUCGUAAGUAAGAGCGUAAAUAGCUAAUUGAAACGAAUUGUAAUUAUGAAAGAUGCUUUUGAUGAUUGAUGUGAACAUUGCAUAGACCUACAGGUAAUACGAUGGAUGAGGAUAGUAGCUAGUUGCUCAGUAACUUCACCACAUGCAUUACCUUCUCAGAUCAACAGCAAAGAACAUUAUGCCUUGCUCCAAGGCAAAGGGGUGUUCAUGGUCUACGCCCAAGCCAAGACAGGACAGUCUGGUGGUCUGGGUCUCGAGGACUGUUCUGUAGAGGAGGAGGGGAGAGCUCCAAGCAGCAGACCCUAGAGGACCUCACUAAGAACAUCAGAGGCAGACAGUACAAGAGGGUCAUAGUGAUGGCCGGGGCUGGGAUCAGCACACCUAGUGGCAUCCCAGACUUCAGGUGACGAGAUAUGUCAAAUAUUUUCAAAUGCUUGAGGUGCAGAGGUGCACUUGACCAGUGGGCAGGGUGCUGUUUUGCACUUUUGGGAUGUUGCAUUAUUUGGAAAGUGUUUGCGGUCAACACAUGUCAGGAAUACAAUGAAUGCACAGACUUUGUAGGAAACCUUUUUCUCCUUAAUUUCCUUGGACAGGUCCCCUGGCAGUGGUCUCUAUGACAACCUCCAGCAGUAUAAUCUUCCUUACGCAGAAGCCAUCUUCGAGAUCAACUUCUUCCAUCACAACCCCAAUCCUUUCUUUGCCCUGGCCAAAGAGCUGUACCCAGGCAACUACCAACCCAACCUCACACACUACUUUGUACGGCUCCUUCAUGACAAGGGCCAGCUCCUCAGAAUGUACACGCAAAAUAUCGAUGGUCUGGAGAGAUGUGAGUUGAUCCACUAUUAUGACCAUAUAUGAAAAACAGUCCAUAUAAUACACACAGGAGCCUGUCAUCUCUCUCUCUCUCUCUGUCUGUCUGUCUGUCUGUCUGUCUGUCUGUCUGUCUGUCUGUCUGUCUGUCUGUCUGUCUGUCUGUCUGUCUGUCUGUCUGUCUGUCUCUCUCUCUGUCUCUCUCUCUGUCUCUCUCUCUCUCUGUCUCUCUCUCUGUCUCUCUCUGUCUCUCUGUCUCUCUCUGUCUCUCUCUCUCUCUCUGUGUCUCUCUCUCUGUGUCUCUCUCUCUGUCUGUCUCUCUCUCUGUCUCUCUCUGUCUCUCUCUGUCUGUCUCUCUCUCUGUCUCUCUGUGUGUGUGACUCUAGUGGCAGGAAUCCCCCCUGAGAAACUGGUGGAGGCACACGGAACUUUUGCUACUGCUACCUGUACUGUGUGUCGGAGAGACUACCAGGGGGAGGAGCUACGUGUGAGUUGGUUAACUGUCACACCAUUCUCAGAGCAUUUCCCUGUUACAACUUAUUCAUAUUAUUGAGAACUUCAAUCGAUCUAGCACUGAUACUGUCAUUUGUGAACGUUUCUUAAGUUUGAAAGAGAAUAGUUGUUGUUAAAAUAUAUCUGGUUUUGAUUUCCUGUAUUUCUCCUGUGCGUUUGCCUGCUCCUCUGGUUUAGCCUGAUAUUAUGAAGGGGACAGUCCCUAAGUGUGCCGCUUGCAAGGGCGUGGUGAAGCCUGACAUCGUCUUCUUUGGGGAGGAGCUACCGCCUCACUUCUUCAGCUACCUAAAGGACUUCCCCCUGGCAGACCUCCUCAUUAUCAUGGGUACCUCUCUGGAGGUGAGGAACACCGUUAUUAAGAUGUUAUACACGUGUUAUUCAGCAUUUAUAACCUAUUCUUCAACUGUUAUUAGCCUGUUAUAGACCUGAUAUUAAGCUGUUAUUCACAUAUUAAGCGGUUAUAAACAUAUUAUUAACACGCUAUUCUCCUAUUAUUGAUAUGUUAUUCACCUAUCACUCAGGCAGGACAGGGUUUCACUCAGCAGUCCAGGGGUCCUAUAGAGAGCAUAUCAAAGAUAUCUGAGGUAUAGUCCCCUGUAGCUCAGUUGGUAGAGCAUGGUGCUUGCAACGGCAGGGUUGUGAGUUCGUUUCCCACGGGGGGCCAGUAUGAAAGUGUAUGCACUCACUAACUGUAAGUCGCUCUGGAUAAGAGCGUCUGCUAAAUAACUAAAAUGUAAUAUAUAUAUUUUUACUGGAGACUUAUAAAAGCAUGUUGUUCCAUGUCAAUACACUAGGUGGAGCCCUUUGCCAGUCUGGCCGGAGCUGUGAGGGACUCUGUCCCUCGCCUGCUUAUCAACAGAGACCUGGUGGGGCCCUUCGCAUGGGGGACCCCGCGACACAACGAUGUGGCCCAGCUAGGGGAUGUGGUCGGUGGGGUACAGAUGCUGGCUGAUGCCCUGGGCUGGAACCACCAGCUGGAGGCUCUCAUGGCUGCCAAUGCUGAGAAGGUUGGUUAUGGGAGAUCAUAUGAUUUACACACGUGUCACGUACGCAUUUAACACACAAACAAACCCAAACCCUGGGUUCUUUGCAUUCACUGAUUUUCAGAGCAUUCAGAGACUUAAUAUAUAUCAGGGAUUCUUGAAAGUCUGGACAAUCCUUGUCCGGCAGGAAAAAGUAUUUAUAUAUAUUUUUUUAAAGUUUAAAGAAAUGUUUUGCGUUAUUUGAACUUAAAAAUUACAUUUAGGGGAUUUUUUUAUAAGGGAAAAGAUUUGCUUUUGGAAUUUUCAAAAUAUGUUCAAUAUUUAUUUCCAUGUCGGCUCUAUGCCCGGAAAUGCCCUUGUCCGGAGCAAAGGAUCCCAAUUUCAAUAUCUCCAAAAAAGUGUAAAUAUAAUAAUAAUAUGAACUGAAAAAGGAUCUUAUGUAGUUUCUUGCAAUAGCUUUCUCUGACUUAUAUUCCUCUCAAAACUGUGAUUCCUAAAAAAUGUGUCCGGAGAUUUGGUCAACUCCGUCAGAUUUGUCUGAAAUCCUAAAUGAAUCAGGAAUGAGCAGGGUCAGCUAUACCAUAAGGACCCCUUCUUCAUGUCCUCAUUACGUGGUGCAACAAGACCACUCAUCGUCUGGAAGGUUCUCUACUUUUGAUAGAAUUAAACAUAUUGAAAUCACUAUGGUCACAACCAUAAACUGUCAACUCCAUCUGCCUGAUAGGAUAUGAAUUUUGGUUCAAAUAUGUAUUUAUUUUAAUUAGGUUUUAGAGUCAUAAAGCAACUGAGGAAAAAAACGAAAUUGCUACUUUGUAUUACCACUUGAAUGAAGAAUAAACAUUACAUUUUUGUCAACUCCGUAAACAAACUCCGUCAAAUCUUCAUGUAACGUCAAUUCCGUCAGAGCGCUGAAAGAUCUGAUAGAUUGGUUAUGUUUUUAUUGGGGAUUUUCAAAUGAAUUAUUUUCUAUAUUUCACAAAAUGUUUGUGUUGAACUUCUAUUUUUAGAGGCAAAAAAUAUGUCUGUUUUCAGUAUUUGUUGUCAACUCCGUCACAGAUGGCUAACCCCCUUAAGAUAGAUUAUCUUUGUCAAUAUUCAGAAAAAAUAUUUGAAUCACUGUUCUGCAACAUAUGCUUCAACUAUUAAAGUACUUGCUAUGCUAGACCUAAGGGAUAAUGUUUGCUUAAUAAAUGUUGUUUUAUGUUCUGAAUGUAGAAAAACAUACCAAAAUGCUAACGAAAUUAGCCCUGGAGCAUUAUAUAGCGCUAUAAAAUAAAACAAAAAUAAGUUUGGAGAUUUGUAUUUAAUGUAAGGGACGCUAUGCGUUCUAUGGAAAAUAAUGAACAACGUGGAAGGUGUGUUAAACGAAACGCUAGUGGAGUAGAACUGACCUUCCACGGAGUUGCAUUAUUUUCCAGAGAACACAUAGCCCCUCGUUGAUUAUUCCUUUUAUACCAAGGCUAUAAUUUAACAUAUUUGCCACUAGAAAUGUGUUCAUUUUCCGGUAGAAAUGUGUUCAACAUCCACUGAAGUAGCUAGCAAGUUUACUAAAUAGCUACAGUAGUUGCCGUGGUAACCAAACAAACAGACUUGCUAGUUUAGCUAACUAAACCAUCAGUCCUAGCUUGCCAUUAUGAAAAUCGAAUUCAAUUCAAUGCCAAUAAUGUUUUCAAUUCGACUAUUGCUUUCAAAAGCAGCUCAAACAUAGAACAUGUAAGAAUUAACUAUAGUCAUUUGAAUUCUAUCAUGCAAAUAUACCGUGCGUUAUAGGGAAAUAAUGCAUGCUCUAGAAUAUCCUUAAAGCCAAUCAGAAACCGAGACGAAGUACAACGGGUUAUCAGCAUAUUCAAAUAAUGAUUGACAUAUUUUCAUUAAAAACAUUAUUUUGAUUAAUUAAUUUAUAUUAUUUCAUCCUUCAACUAGAUAUAGCCCCGACACAAAUCUAGGGUUGCUACCCAAGCCGGCUGGUCGUUCAUUCUAUUGGUUCGGUUGCCGGAGACGCGACCCAGUCGUUCAGUCUUUUUGUUCUGUAUCUAUGGACGCGACCCAGUCGUUCGUUCUAAAUGUUCCAUUGUCAUAAUGACUGGCAAUGUUUUUAUCCCUUGCUUGCUAGCUAGCCAACUACGGCUAACUUAGUCACGUCGAACAGUGCAGCCAGAAUAACAGCAAAGUAGCUGCAUUUGCGUUUGUUUAAGCUGUUUUCUAGUGACAUUUAUUUGGAUACAUCCAUAACAAUGAGCUAAUGAUGCGCGAUUUCGACUGGCGUAGAAAAUGUGCUCUCUCGUCAGGACACUUGUUCAGAGGAGCUAGCCAACAACACAGCUAACACAAUCACUUCAAACUGAAGCUGGAAAGACAGCAAACUAGCUGCACUUCGUUUCGUUUGACCUGUUUUCUAUUGAUAGGUCUUUGUAUGUAUCCAUAAAAAUGAUGCUGAUUCAUGAUUUCGACUGGCUGAGAAAAGCUGUCUCAUCCCGAAUCCCGACUCCUGACACGUUCAUUACUAUGGGACAGCUGGAGAUCGAAUUUCAAUAGUGAAACAAUGUUGCAAAUGUCGGAGAGACAGACAGCAAGGUUUAUACAAAUCUCCGCUGUUGAAAACUAAAUGUUAGUCUAAAAGAAAUGGGAGAUAAUGUCUAGAUGCUUUUUAUAGUGGAGAUCAAGUUUAUAAAUUGCCUGGCUGGGCUGAUGAGACAGCGGAUUGGGCAGUCAGAUGGAACAGAGUAAAUAGGCAUUUUAACGUAAUAGAUUUAGCCGGUGGUAACUUGUGGAAUAGACACCGGCUGGAAUGCUCUUUUAACCAAUCAGCAUUCAGGAUUAGACACACCCGUUGUAUACAUUUGAUUAUAAACUGGGUGGUUCGAGCCCUGAAUGCUGAUUGGCUGACAGCUGUUGUAUAUCAGACCGUAUACCACGGGUAUGACAAAACAUUUUAUUUUUGCUGCUCUAAUGACGUUGGUAACCAGUUUAUUGAAGCAGUAAGGCCCGAGGAGGUGUGGUAAGAACAGCCCUUAUAUUAUCGAAUGUUAGAAUUAAACAAUUUAAACACUUGUUGAACAAUAAACUUAAAAAUGAAAUGCCUUUUAAGGUGUCUGACGGUGUUGACAUGAAUCCAGUGAGUUGUGUUUUAUAAAAAAAAAAAUUAGAAUGAGGUUGUUCCAUUACAUUGUGUGAUAGCUGAUACUUUUGUCUAUGAAAAUAUAUAUUUAAAAUGUUUGUAAUAUUAAGAAAAAUAUUUGUUGAAAAAAAAAGUUGAUUUUCCCAUCUUUCAAGCAUCCCUGAUGUAUUAUAUUAUAAUAUAAUAUAUGCCAUUUAGCAGACGCUUUUAUCCAAAGCGACUUACAGUCAUGCAUGCAUACAUCUUACAUACGGGUGGUCCUAGGAAUCGAACCCACUAUCCUGGCGUUGCACUUGCCAUGCUCUACCAACUGAGCUACAAAGGACCGCAAAAUAUAAAUUGAUGAUGUGGAUCUUCUGUUUCUUUUUGAAUCUGCAGGCUACAGAGAAGGAGGAAUGAGACGGUCAGUGUCUUAACAUUCCAUUCAGAAUGCCUCACCACCUCAGUCCACCUCAGUCCACCUCAGUCCACCUCAAUCCACCUCAGUCCACCUCAGUCCACCUGCCUCAUAGCUCAGGACUACAGCAGCGUGUCUACUCAGCAGAGAAUCUACAAUUAA